GUGGUGAGGGGGCUGCCCCCUGGUGGGGGGAGGAGGGUCUUCUCUAAGGCAUCCCCUUAACCACCGUGCUACCACGGGCCUUCUGCCUACCCAUGUGGCAUUUCUGUUUCUGAACAGUCUCAACUCACGUGUGAGUUGGGAAGUUCCCCAUGUUCCCUCUGCGCGAUGAGAGGAGAGUCCCCUCGUCUUCCCAGUAAAUACUCAGUCAAGAAUUCUAAAGUCCGACCCUUCCCAACUCGGUGUUCCCCUUGCCUUCAGCAUUGACGCCGAAUGGGGUGAGCUCUUCACCGUCACCACAGCUGUCAGAAUGGCCAACCGGGGACCUUCAUACGGCCUGAGCCGAGAGGUGCAGCAGAAGAUCGAGAAGCAAUACGAUGCGGAUCUGGAGCAGAUCCUGAUCCAGUGGAUUACGACUCAGUGCCGCAAGGAUGUGGGCCGGCCCCAGCCCGGGCGUGAGAACUUCCAGAACUGGCUCAAGGACGGCACGGUGCUGUGUGAGCUCAUUAAUUCACUAUACCCUGAGGGGCAGGCCCCAGUAAAGAAGAUUCAGGCCUCUACUAUGGCCUUUAAGCAGAUGGAGCAGAUCUCUCAGUUCCUGCAGGCCGCUGAGCGCUACGGCAUUAACACCACUGACAUCUUUCAAACUGUGGAUCUCUGGGAAGGAAAGAACAUGGCUUGUGUGCAGCGGACGCUAAUGAACCUGGGUGGGCUGGCAGUAGCCAGAGAUGAUGGGCUGUUCUGUGGGGAUCCCAACUGGUUUCCUAAGAAGUCCAAGGAGAACCCUCGGAACUUCUCGGACAACCAGUUGCAAGAGGGCAAGAAUGUGAUUGGGCUUCAGAUGGGCACCAACCGCGGAGCAUCUCAGGCAGGCAUGACCGGCUAUGGGAUGCCACGCCAGAUCCUCUGAUCAGACAUCCCCCCUGCCCCUGCCCUCCACGAAUGGUUAAUAUAUAUGUAUAUAUAAGUUUUAGCAGUGACAUUCCCCGAGAGCCCCUGGAUCUCUAAUCCCCCCUCUGCCAGGGUAGGGUCCAGCCUAUCUGGUCACCUCUGGCAGUGCCCGAUGAUUGCCUCUUUCUUUCUGGGCUUACUAAUACAUUCCUUCCCCACAGCCGUCAAAACUGGACCGACUUUUCCCCUGGGACCAAAGCCUCCUUCCGCCAGUGUGCCUCUCUCUCCCUGACCUCUGUACUUUCAGUCCAUUCCUUGGCCCGGAGUCAGAGAUGCUGCCCUGUGGCCCUGUGCCGCACUGACCUUCCUUCUAAAAGUAUGCCUCCCCUACAGCUGCGGCGGCAGGGAUUUAAUUUAUAGGGAGGAGCCUGCGGCUGUCACUCCAGCCACAGCUGGGCUGUACUUAGCACACAUCUGGGCAGCUUUCCCAUAUAGAGGCCCUUUCGGCUUCUUCUUAUUUUCCAUUCCUCUCACUGUGGCUAAGGGGUGGGUGGAGCAGCCGAGACAGAGGUGGAAGAACUGCCCACCAUGGUCUGGGGCUUGAGGAACACGAGUUGGCUGAUUUUCAAUAAAGAACCUCAUUCUUUUUUG